AGAAGGAGAAGAAGAAGAAGAAGAAGAGGGCGAAGAAGUAGAAGAAGAAGCCGUGCACCGUUAGCUCUUAUCUCUUCUGUCCGAUAACAGGAAAAAGCAUGUCCGCUCAGCCCGGCGAGGAGCUCGGUUCGGAGGGGAGGUGGUUCGGGGAUGACUAUGAGAGGAACGGCCCGUUUGGGAACACGCCGGCCCGGUUGAGCGACCUACAUGAGGACCGUAAACCGAGAGGCGACGAGCCGUCGGGCGAACGGGAUCAACAGUCUCAUUCUCUCCAGGACGACGGGAAAAAGCCUCCCGUUGCUAUGGAAACUGCAUCUACAGAUGACCCCAUGUCCGGCCUGUUUAGGACGCCGAUGAACGACGAUAGGGAUGUCUACACUUCCCUGAUGUCAAAUCAGAGCUUCACAUCAGGUCAGGAAGCCUCCUACCUGUCGGAUGACCUGAAACCCUCUAAGCCCUCUUCUGGCUCCUCUGCCCUGGAUCCCUUCUCCAGCGACCCCUAUAGCUUCAGCUCCAAGAUGACAUCCGACCUGGCUGAUGACAUGCCAAGACCUCUGUUUGGCUCAGAUAAGACCGAAUCCUACAACUACAUGGACAUUAGCCACGGGGAUGAGCGUCAAGACCAGCACAGCCUGGUGGACACAGGCUCAACUGGUCAUGACUCAUUGGGCAGCUACAUGGAAAGAAAUCACAGAGGAGAUGACGAGGAAGAGGAAAGCUCAGCACUGGGCUCCCACUCUUUCCCCUACGUGGAAGAGCCAUCCGAUGAAGAGCUGUCAGAUUACCGCUCCUACCGUAACCUAGGUGGAACCCCGCAGACGGCCAGCCCGGUGAAGAUCACUUUGACCGAGUCCCAUCCUCAAAUGGUCCAGACUGCGCUGCAGCAACUCGCACCUCCAAUCAGUGUGUCUGAGCGUGAGAACGUCCUCAGUGUGGGCCUGCAGGGGGUUCCCACUGUGACGCUAUCAGAGCCAGAAGAUGACAGCCCUGCCUCCACUCCCAAUGCUUCACCAACACAAAAAGAAUUCCCUCCCCAUGACAUGUUCAAGGCUUCCAAAAGGAGUCCGAGCACCAAGGCCGGCCGCAGGGAGCACGAUGGCAGCAGCGCCGAGUCUGGCGACUCAGAGAUUGAGCUGGUGUCUGAGGAGCCUCCAAAGGCCACGAGCAACCCAUUUGUCCAGCCGCCUAAAAGCAAGGGCACUUCCAGCCCGCCUAACAACCCCUUUGACAAUCCCCCAGCAGCCAAGGGUGGUUUCGGCCCAGCAGGCAACCACGCUCUGACCACAGCCUACAGCAUUCUGAGGGAGGAGAGAGAGGCAGAGCUCGACAGCGAUCUCUUCAAUGAGUCUGCGUCUGAAGAGAGCCCAAAGAGAGAGCAGGGCUUCAGUGACCCCAAACAGGGAGUAUGCCCUCCCUCCCCCCUGGUUCCCAGCGCCGUCCUCCCCCGAAGUACGGCUGAGGCGGCGCCGGCCGAGCCCCCGAUCACAGAAACGGUCAAGACCCCGGUGAAAACAGAGGAGGACCGCAGCAGCAAGCCCAAGCCACCGACUGCUGCCGUGCCCCCAGAGGUUCGUUGCGCCCACCAGGAGGAGAUGCACAAGCCCACCAAUGAGGGCAGAGGAGACCUCGGAAAGCCCGCUGCCUUCCUGCAGGGCUUUGAUAAACAAAAAGCAAUUGACCUGCUCUACUGGAGGAAUGUGAAGCAGUCCGGGGCUGUGUUCAGCAGCGUGCUCCUGCUCCUCUUCUCGCUGACCCAGUUCAGCGUGGUCAGCGUCGGAGCCUACUUGGCCCUCGCGGCCCUCUCUGCCAGCAUCAGCUUCAGGAUCUACAAGUCUGUGCUGCAGGCUGUGCAGAAGACCGAUGAGGGACACCCGUUCAAAGCCUACUUGGAGAUCGAAAUCGCUCUAUCCCAGGACCAGAUUAGUAAAUAUGCCGACAAAAUCCUCCUGUACACCAACACCUGCAUGAAGGAGCUCCGCAGGCUGUUCCUCGUACAAGACUUGGUGGACUCCUUAAAGUUUGCUGUUUUGAUGUGGCUGCUGACCUACGUGGGCGCUCUCUUCAACGGCCUGACACUGCUCAUCCUAGCGGUGGUCUCCAUGUUCGGCAUGCCGGUGGUCUACGAGAAACAUCAGGCGCAGAUUGACCAGUAUGUGGGACUAAUACGGACCCACGUCAACUCUGUGGUGGGGAAGAUCCAAGCGAAGAUCCCCGGGGCCAAGAGGAAGGAGGAGUAGAUCUGUGUCCCACCGUGCAGCUGAGAGCCCAGUCCAGCUCCGCCUGGCAGCUCCAUCACCGUCGAAGAGCCUGGUGGUCAUCUGUGGGGCGCAGUGCUACGUCAUCUUGGUGUUCACCCACUGGGGAAACCUUCACCCCGUUCUCUAGCAGUCAAAACACUAACAGUCACACAUACAUCAUCCUGUUUCUAGGUAGACGAGUACACGACUAGAAAACAAAAAAAGAAAACUGACUUUUUUGUGUUGCUUAUUAUUAAAGUGCAUGAAGUCAAGCCUUGGGUAAAUAAUAUUUGAUAUCUUUUGUGCAGUUUUUAAGUCACGCUACAUUUCUGCUUUGCAGUGCUUACCACAAACUGUAUGGUUUGGCACAAAAAAGCUAAAUGCCCCGAGGCGUGCUCUGCCAUGAAUGUUAAAUACUGCUUCAUGUUUCUUAGUUAGCCGACAGGGCUUCUCUCAGUAUAUGUCCAUAUAUUUAAAUAUCAAAAAUGAUUUCCUUUUUGUCUUUCCAAGGACAACAUAAUUUAACAAUAUGAGUCUUAGAUGUGGUAAUUGUCAGAUUUUUGCUUUUGUAUAACCAUAAGGAACAAUACACAUGUUUAAGGUACUGUUGUACAACUACUAUGAAGACAAGGAGUAUCUGGUGAUAUUUAGCUUGUUUGAAUAACUGUUCAACUUCGUACUAUGUUCAACUAUACGCUGUAGUUCUUUAGACCCUGGACUCUAACUAUUUGCACUUACACCAUGUAUUUAAUUACAAUAAGAAAAAUAAAUGUACCUUGAUGUAUAA